AAUCCUAAAUCUAAAACCAUAAUAAUUUUUUUUUAAAAAAGGGCAAAAAAAAAAAAAAAAAAACCAUCUAAUUUCCAAAAGUAAAUGCAACUAUGCAAGUUGUCUAAUUUGUGGCGCCAAAUAAUCCAAGACUUAACGGUUUUCAAUGAAAACCACAGAACCCAAUAAAAAAGGCCCAAACGUAAAAAGCCCCACUCAAUCUGUAACCAAAAUGGCUCUCUCCACCACAGUCCCUUCUUCUUUCCCCUCCUCACUCCCCAAAACCUUCACUUCCCCAUCUCCCAAGAAGCUUCACAUCUCUUCCUUUCCCCUUUCUAAUUCAUCCAAAUCUCCUUCGAAUCACCUAGAUAAUGACGAUUCCAAGAGAUCCAGGAAGUUAUCGGAGCAGUCGUCGUGGGAGGCGAAGGAUGCAGAAGGGAGAGACUAUCUCUAUCGGCUCGGCAAAGAGGCCGACAACAUGAACAUCGCAGUCGGAGCUAGGGCUGGUGUUAUCGACGACCUUUUCACCGGGAGUUUUCUCGGAAAAGAUUCCGACAUUGUGUUUGAUUACCGGCAGAAGGUGACGAGGUCGUUCGAGUAUCUACAAGGGGAUUACUACAUUGCUCCACUGUUUAUGGAUAAAGUUGUAUGCCACAUCGUAAAGAACUACCUAGCUCAUCUUCUCAAUGUAAAAGUUCCUUUGAUCCUAGGUAUUUGGGGAGGAAAAGGUCAAGGAAAAUCAUUCCAAACUGAACUCAUUUUCCAGGCUAUGGGAAUUGAACCAGUAAUUAUGUCUGCGGGUGAACUAGAAUCCGAAAGGGCUGGAGAACCAGGAAAAUUGAUUCGUGAACGCUAUAGAACAGCUUCUCAAGUGGUCCAGAAUCAAGGCAAAAUGAGUUGUUUGAUGGUCAAUGACAUUGAUGCUGGGCUUGGUAGAUUUGGGAAUACUCAAAUGACAGUCAACAACCAAAUUGUUGUUGGGACUCUGAUGAAUUUAUCAGACAAUCCAACCAGAGUUAGUGUCGGACAAGAUUGGAGGGAAUCAGAUAUUACAAACAGGAUACCCAUCAUUGUCACAGGAAAUGAUUUUUCAACAAUUUAUGCUCCCUUGAUUCGUGAUGGAAGGAUGGAAAAGUUUUACUGGUAUAAUGAGCUGGAAUAGGUCUUGAUUUCAUUUUUUGCAGGUUUGCUUUAAAGUAAACUGCUUUAACUUGGUGACUAUGGGUAUGCUCAUGAGAUGGUUUGCAGCAUUGCAUAAUUUGUUUUUAUUGCCGACCAUGAAUUUGUUGCAUAUGAUCUAUAAUUGCAUAAAACUUUAUGCAUAAAACAAUUUACUGCUU